AUGGGGAGAGCAAUUGAAAAAGUUGGAUUUGUGUCAUCUAAAUUGCAUCAGUGGCUAGAUGGUAUCAGUCGUGCCAUUCGGCGUGUCGCUUUUGAUCUGCCUGUCAGUUCUGCUCGGUUUUCUGUGGGCUGUAUAAUUAAAGUCACACUCAAAAUCAUCCCCCCCCCCCCUCCUUCCCCUGUCUGUUUUUCCAGGAGACGAAGGGCAGAGUGGAGAUGGGCAGCAGACCGUGCAGCCAUCGUCAGUCGCUGGAAUUGGCUCCAAGCCCACGUCUCAGACCUGGAAUACCGAAUCCGGCAGCAAACGGAUAUUUACAAGCAGAUCAGAGCCAAUAAGGGGCUGAUAGUCCUCGGUGAAGCAUCACCCCCUGACCCCGCAGCGGAUGAUGCGUCCCGUCCCAUUAGUGCUGAUGUGAAGCUGGAGCCCGGCGCAGAACGGCUGAGUGUUUCUGGAUCCCAGCCCUUGGACAGCUCGGGUCUUUCUGCUGCAAGUACUCCUGAGUCCCAUCCCACCAAGCCCUGUGGAGCACCAAGACCUGUCAAUGGAGUUAUCAACACUCUUCAGCCUGGCCUGGCAGAACACGCUCAGGGAGAUGGCCAGGAAGCUGAGGAGCUCUUGCAUAAAAAGCAGAGAAUGAAUGUGGUCUCUUCAGCUUCAGAUGGGACGUGUGUGGCCGCCCGCACGCGCCCGGUGCUCAGCUGCAAGAAGCGACGGCUGGUCCGACCCAGCAGCAUUAUGCCCCUGUCCAAAAAGGUCCAUCGGAACAGCCUGGCUCGGUGCAGCUGUGACGUGAGCCCCUCGUGUGCUCUGUGUGGUGCCCGCAGCUCCGCGCCGCUGGACAUGCAGUACGACGCGCCGCUGCUGGAGCGCCUGUCCCAGCUGGACUCCUGCAUCCACCCCGUUCUGUCCUUCCCUGAUGACGUGCCGACCAGCCUGCACUUCCAGAGCAUGUUGAAAUCCCAGUGGCAGAACAAACCCUACGAGAAGAUGAAAGCUCCCAAAAAGCUCUCGCUGAAGCACAGAGCCCCCAUGCCCACCAGCAGCCUGACUGACCCAGCUCGCAAGGACCGCCACAAGCUGGUGAACUCCUUCUUCACCGCAGCCAAGCGCUCACAGCACAAAACCCAGGCAGACAAGGCACACAGGCUGCCUUUAGACGAUUUUAUGGCCGUGCCCAAGGCCGAGAGAGCGCCUGAGCGCUCGCUUGUCCAGCCUCCCGCCCAUGACAAAAAGCGAUUGCGCGACUGCUCAUCUGAGAGGAGUGAAGUGCUGAAGCAUCAUGCAGACGUCGGUGGCCCGAGUUACCUGGCAGCAGCUGCGACCCAUGCACCUCACAGCCCCAUAGCACGGCAGCUGUCCGCCUCCUCGGAGGGCUCUGCUCCCACCAGCACGAGCUCCCAGGGCACCUCCGGCACGGCUCAGCCGAGGAGGAGGAGAGGGGAAAGUUCAUUUGAUAUUAACAACAUUGUCAUCCCGAUGUCUGUCGCCGCCACAACUCGCGUGGAAAAGCUGCAGUACAAGGAGAUCCUGACGCCCAGCUGGCGUGAGGUGGACAUCGGCGCCCUGAAAGCCAGCCCUGAUGAAGACAACGAGGAGAUCGAGGACUUGUCUGAUUCAGCCUUUGCUGCUCGGCACAGCAAGUGUGAAGAGAUGGAGCGAGCCCGGUGGCUUUGGAGCACGAGUGUGCCCCCCCAGCGGCGGGGCAGCAGGUCCUACAGAUCGACGGACGGACGGACAACCCCUCAUGGACACAUAAGGAGAGGAGGGCAGCUCAGGAGCAUGGAAAUUUCCCACUCUCGGGAGCAGAUCCUGCAGCAGCAUCAGCGCUUCUCCCGAAUCUCAUUUUGCCACUGGGCUGCAGAAUGCGUGGAGCUGAACACAGCCAGCCCCUCGGGGCAGGACUGCACCCUUCGGUCUUAG